UGUGUCUCUUUCCGAAGCAUUUACUGUGACUCAAGAAGGAAAUCUAGACAACUUCUUCUUGAGGUUUCUCGGAACUGAACCUUUUCAAGAAAGUCUAGAUGUAUGCAUUAGCGAACUCAGUAACCUGCAAGUAGAGUUGUACAAAAUGGAGCAAUAUCAGCUUGCAAGGGAAACUUUGUGCAAGCUGCAUAUCAUUCCAGCCUCAUCACAUCAGAGCUCUUCCCUCAGCAACUUUCCCUCCACACCGCAGAUAGCCAUGCGUGAGCAAAGGGAAGAUCAGGUUGGGCCGGAAUUCAGCACAACUUUUCCCUCUCCGCAACCACCUGAAGUAACAGAUCCAAGUGUUUGCUCAAGCGAAGUUUUGAAAGUCACAAUCUUAUCAGACGAGUGGAAGUCACUGAAAGGUGGAUUGUCGACUUUCAACAGGGAGCUUGCCAUUCAUUUAGCAAGACAUUCCCAAGUUCAAGUCACUGUCGUCUUGAGCUCUGAAUGUGGAGAGGAAGAAAGAACAGCAGCUGGAAAACAUGGCGUCACUAUCGUCGUGGCAGAGAAACUUAGGGCAUGCAGCCCCCAAGAAGAAUUAUUUUUUCCACCGAAAGACCUUGUAAUUGAUGCUGUGAUUGGUCAUGGUGUGAAGCUCGGUCGACAAGCUCAAAAGAUUAGAGAAUCUCACAAAUGCAAGUGGGUCCAAGUGGUGCACACUGCUCCAGCAGAACUCGGUAUGUACAAGGACUAUACGAAAGCUGUCGCACAAGGUGAGGAAAAGAACAAGCGGGAGGUUAGUUUAUGUGAAUUAGCUGACCUUGUCAUGGCAGUUGGACCUAAAUUGAAAAGUUUCUAUUCUACUCGUCUACGCUCUUGCGACAAAGAGCAAGAUGUUGUGGAAUUUACACCGGGAAUCAUGGAAGAUCUAACUGAUGUAAAGCAGUCGCCAAAGGAGAAUGACGUGUUUCAAGUCCUGAUGUUUGGGCGUGGUGAUGACGAGGACUUCAAAAUAAAAGGCUACGAUAUUGCUGCUGAGGCAUUUGCGAGUCAUGAUCUGAAAAAUGAUUCCUAUCAUCUCACAUUUGUUGGAGCGGCCCCAGGAAAGCAAGACGAAGUUGCAGCGAAGAUUCUCAAACAUGGCAUUUCUAAAAACCAACUGUCUGUCGAAGAAUAUAUCGAGGACAGAAAUCUCUUAAAGCAGCUGCUUCGCCGUAUGGAUCUGGUUAUCAUGCCGUCAAGAACAGAAGGAUUUGGACUCACUGCCCUCGAAGCUUUGUCCGCUGGUUUGCCUGUCCUUGCUGGCUAUAACUCAGGCUUUUCAAAAGCGUUGCAGAAGGUAGAAUUUGGAGAACACUAUGUAGUUUACUCCGAUAAACCCCAAGACUGGUCAAAGGCCAUCAAGAGUGUCCGUCAAAAGGAGAGAGAAAAGCGGCUAAACGAGAUGCAGAGACUGCGGGCAUCUUACAAACAGAAGUACAACUGGGCAGAACAAUGCGAGAUUCUAGUAAGGGAGAUGAAAAAGAAAGUUUUUUGUUAGAUCAGAACCUGGGUACAUCGACAAUAAACCUAUGAAGACACGCCGAGAAACGAACAAUAUGGUGAUUCAAGUCAGAAUUUUUUAUUACUGAAGAAACUAGACAAUUAUCGUCUUUGUUAAUUUUUGAUUUCGCUGCUUUAGCAAGGAAAAAGUUUACCUUAAUUAGGCUUUGUAAAAUAAUCAGAUUUUAUGUAAAUACAGUAGUUUUGAUAUAAAUUUCUACGUGGUGCAAUUUGAUAGUCAGAAAUUUGAGUCAUUGGUUUCACUCAGAAACCGAACCAGCAAUUUAAAGGGAGGGUAUGUUGCUCAUGAACAUAAGAUGGAUAUGAUAUUUUUUCACUUCCCGUCUUUUUUUCUACCUUAAAGUUAUGCAACUUAAUCCUAUUUAAGCUAAAAAGCAUUUCUCACGGACACGAAUUAUUCUUGAUGGGGAUCCGUCACAUCUGUGUGAAGAAUUAUAAGCAGAGUUAGUGGAGGAGACGCGAAGACGUAACAAAAUGUUGGAGUGGUGGAGCAAUUUUCAGAUGAGUGUCGAGAGUUAUCGGGUGUUUCUCUCGUUAUCCUUCACCGUGCUCUUUAAUCAGCUUAGACAGCCCACAUGGGACACCUAUGCAAAGGGUUCAACAUGCAAAAACUCGAAAGAAUUUACGAAUUUAACGCUGAGGCUUGCAGUUGUCUCCUUAAAAAAUUGUCUGCCAACCCACGUCAAAGAAGAUUACAAAACACGACUACUUUGAUGUUAAAAAAUUGAAACAAAUGCGGUGCCUCACUCUUGUAAUGUUUCAAAAGUAUUUUAUCUAGCAUUAGAAGACUAUAACUUUCCAUAUACUUUUAUAUAUCCGUCGUUUUAAAGAACACACUAUAAUUGACACGCCUACUGGCCGGGAAAAAGUGCUAUCCUUAAUAGUGCAGUAAAUGGUUUGAACCCGGGGGUAACAUGUGAAGGUGUAGUCUGAUCGUCCGGGUGAGUGUAGUCCUGA